AUGAGAAAUUUCAGCUGCGUCCAUACCCUACAGCUGAUUUGUUCUAACACCUACUCGGCUGGCAUCAGAGGAGGGCAUAUCGGAAAAUCUUUCAUCUAUAUCAUAGGCAUAACGCCUACGCCACUAAAUGCCACUAACGCUAGUAAUACGCCACGUAAUAACUAA